AUGAGUCUCUUAUUCCGUUUACCAACUGAGCUCAUUUUUCAUUCGCUUUCGUUUGUACCAAAACCAGAACUCAAGCGUCUUUUCCAAUUGGACGAGUUGUUCUACUGUUCAGAUGAUCAAGCAGGAAACGAUCCAUACUUGCAAAUACGACAAGAAGCCCUUGCUAACUACUAUUCAUACACAAGCUUGAUCAUAACCAAUAAUGAGCAGUUGCUCACAAAAAGACCUGUCAAUUCCAUGGUUAUUGAUGUCAGUGAAUUGCUCUAUCUCAUUUCUCACAAAGUUUAUAUACGACCAAGAGAGAUCUCGUACGUCUUGUUCAACAUCAAACAGGAACCAGCAAAAUUCAUGUCCUUUGUCCAGGUGUUAUUCCAGAGCGAUAUUUUAGCUUAUCUGAAACUUGUCACCAACAUAUUGAAUGUACAGAUAGUGUUAGCAAAGAGUAAGCAACUCGUUAACCAAUUGAUCAUCAAGAAUUUGUUCAGAUACCUUAAUGGCUUGAACUACAGAAUCAACUGGUUCAAGAUCAGAUACACUGGCGAAGGAAACCAGCUUAAUGAAUCAUAUUACUCCAACCUCAGCAUUGAAAACUUGCAAUUGCAUUUGUUCAACUCAGUGAGACUCACCGAGCAUUUAUCUCGACAUUCAAGUUGUCUACUCUGUGAGAAUAUCAAGGCACUUGACUUGUCAUUCAACGCUCUCAGCGACUUGUCGAUGAUCGCUUUCCCUCCUAGUUUGGUUGAUUUGAACUUGUCCAAUAACAAUUUGAUUGAGUUGACAAAUUCCAACUUUAACUGGAAGAAUCUCGUAAAUUUGCAAACUUUGAACUUAUCUAACAAUAGUUUGAUUCGUAUUGAUCUAAAUGACAGACAUUCCAUGACCAAUUACAAGUUGAUAUCCUUGGACUUGUCUGGUAACAAUCUAGUGGAUGUCAGCUUCUUGAGCUCAAUGGUACUUGCUCAGAAUCUUAAAAGACUAAACCUUGCAAGAAAUCUUGUGACUCAUGUAAGUCGGUUUCCCGAACAGCUUGUCGAGUUGAACUUGAUGAGCAAUUAUUUGGCAACACUUCUAGAUCAAAUUACCGGCAACACUUUCCCAAAAAUGCUCCAAGUUUUGAAUUUGUCUUACUGCAAAAUUGGUCAUCCAAGCAGAGAUGGCGACGACCAAAAAUCAACCAAGGAAUUGACUCAAGAGGAGGUAAGGAAUAUGCUUGUAGGUGUGGAACGCCUCCACAGUGCAAACCAGAUCCUGCUUGAUGGUAAUAACUUUCUCCAAGAAGGCAAAAACAGCAUAUGUGAUUUUGAAGAGAUGGAGUUAGACUAG